AUGAGAAAGUUCCAUGAGAAGAACUCUUCAGUAACCAAUCGUACCACGUGGUGGCUUAUGACUGUGCAGCCGCAUUGUAUGUUCCAGCUGGCGUAUACACUGGAUCAGAUGAAAAAGAAGCUUUGUUCUCCAAAGAAGUUGACAAGAUGUGUGGAGAUUUUCACUUCACAGAAGUUGAACAACAACGAAUUCUACCGAUUCGGAAAUGCCACAUUCCCACUUCGCGAUUCACCCAAUUCUGAACCGGAUGCAACAUCUGAAAUCCGCUCGUUUGGUGGAAAGUCGAAAUGGUUCUAA